UGGGUGAUACGAUCUAACAUUUACUGAUUAAACAAUCUCACCUAUUAUUUUAUAAUAUUCAAUAAACAGUUAAUCAAUGGCUUUAGUUGAAACAAGAAGUUUAUAAAUACGUAGAAAAUGAAUAUAACUGUUCCUGGUAAAUAUUUAAUAUGAGAAAUGGUUAAAGCAGUAAGAAAUUAGAAUGGUUUACUUUCAAUGAACUCAUGGCCAUUUCGUUUAAGUGGAGGUUCACCAAUGUAAUCCAACUAAUGUUUUUAGUAUUGCUUGAAAGUCUGAAGAAUCAACAUAAUCUAAUUUAUUAAAGUUUUCUAGUUGUCAUAUUUUUAAAAUUUGAAUAACAAUGAUAUAAAACUAUUAAUAUGGAAGACUCUGAUAAACCAAAACUAGUCAAACCAAAUUUAAAAGGAGAAUGGAAAAAUAUAUUCUUAUUGUUACUAUUAUAUAUGCUUCAAGGUAUACCGAUGGGAUUAUCAUUUGCAAUUCCAUUAAUUCUUCAAAAUCAAAAAGUAUCAUACACAGAUCAGGCUUUAUUUAGUACUUCUGCUUGGCCAUUCAGUUUGAAACUAUUAUGGGCUCCCAUAGUCGAUACGUGGUUCAUUAAAAAAAUUGGCAGAAGAAAAUCAUGGCUUUUACCCGUUCAAUUUUUAUUAGGAGUAAUUCUCAUUUAUACGGCUGCAAAUUUUAACGAUUGGAUGUACAAAGAGAAGCCUAAUAUUCAAUUGAUUGUAAUUGUGUUUUUCUUUGCUAACUUUCUUGCGGCUACUCAAGAUAUUGCUGUUGACGGUUGGGCUCUUACAAUGCUAAAAAAAGAAAAUGUUGGUUAUGCGUCAACAUGUAAUUCAUCAGGCCAAGCAGUUGGAAUUCUACUAGGUUAUGUAUUACCGAUACUUUUAGAUUCAGAAAGUUUUGGUAACAAUUACUUGCGAAGUACGCCUGCAAAAGGUGGUGUGGUAUCAAUGAAAAGUUCCAUUUAUUUUUGGGGAAUUGCAUUUAUGAUAAUAACUUCACUGGUCGGUCUAUUCGAAAAAGAAAAUCAAAAUUCAUCUAAAAUAGGUGAAAAUGAACCAGAACAUAGUAUAAUUCAGACUUAUUCAUUGCUCUGGCGUAUUAUAAAAUUACCAAAUAUACGCAUAUUAAUUUUUGCUUUGCUGACAUAUCGAAUUGCAUUUGCUGCCACGGAUUACGUAACGAGUUUAAAAUUAUUGGAGGCUGGACUACCUAAGGAUAAUUUUUUAAUUGUUUCUAUUGCACUUUACCCGUUUAAAAUUAUAUUACCGCUAGUAGUGACUAAGUAUACUUCUGGUCCAAAACCAAUGAGUGCACUUUUAAAUGCUUUUCCAUUCAGGUUAUUUAGUGGGUUGUUUACAGUUUUAUUGGUCUACUACACACCAAAAUUCAUUACACAAGGAAACUACGGGGGUUCCUUUAUUUAUUAUAUACUGUUUGGACUUAUAAUGCUGUAUCAAGAGUUACUCAUGUACUACAUGUUUGUCGCUAUAAUGGGAUUUUUCUCAAGAAUUAGUGAUCCUCAAUUCGGAGGAACAUACAUGACGUUAUUGAAUACAAUAUCUAACUUGGGUUUGACUUGGACAGCAACUGCAUCGUUGGGUAUGAUUGAUUGGCUAACAAUUAACACUUGUACCUGCCGGAGUUCCUUAAAAGACUGCGAUUCCAGUGAUAAAACAUGUGCUGUUUCUGUAGAUGGUUACUACCUCGAAACAGUCAUUUGUACAAUAAUAGGAAUGAUAUGGUAUAUCAUUUACAACAAUAAGUUAAGAAAAAUGCAAGUAGUAAGUAAAGAAAAUUGGUCUGUAAAAAUGAAGAAAUCAUCUCCAGAGAAUGUUGAUAAAAUAUUUACUAUAAACUUGGAAUAAUUAAUUUAUGAUUUCAAAUAAUUAUUGUAAUAUUUUAAAUUGUACUCAUAUAUUUUUGUAUCUUGUUUGUUUUCACAAUAUUCAUCAUUUUAAUUUAUUAAAAUUUUAAUUCGAAUCAUGUGAAAGUUUUCAGUUAUAUUAAAAUAAAUUAAGUUUAAAAUUGAC